CCCACUUUAUAAAGCUUGUUUUUUCCAAAAGGAGUUCAUAUUUCAAGCUUUGAAUUCAUCAAACUACUCGUCGCUUUGAAACUGCAGCCGUUGAAUCAAACCCAGUAGUAUUCUAUUAUAUUCCCAUAUUCAAAAAUAUCUUUGGCAGUCCAUGACUGGUUCGAGAAUUCAAAGGCUGCCGUACAGUUUAUAGUCCUCCUGUGAUACGUAUUUGAAGGUCCAUUAUUAGACUGAUAUAGUGAUAUACUAAUUUCCUUCUCAAAAUUUUAUAUGAUAGCCCCACUUAUAUAAGGGGGAAAGGUGGUCAUAGUUCAGAGACAACGUACAAUUAACUAUCUGGGUUAGGGAUCUUCCAGCGAUUGUUUUGAUUGGUAGUAGAGAGGAAGAAGAGCUAUUGAAAACUUUUUGUUCUACAUUGCUGGAUAGAACUUCCUUUCUUUGAAUUGGUGAUUGUGAUGGGCUUAUCCACAUCUUUACUCUUGUCAGCGUUGGAAGAAGUUGUAAAAUAUAGAUUUUUUGGUUUAGCCCCCGACGCCAAUCUUACUUCCAAGGACCAAGAGAUGACCUUGAGAACUGAUAGUUUCAAGAAAACAGAUUCAGAAAACAUCACCAAGGCCAAUGCAUCUGAGAACUUCCUUAGAAAGAAUUCAAUAAGCUUGAAGGCCUGUGAACCUGUAAAAGUAAUGCUUGAAACAGCUCUUUCAUUCAAGAGUCUAGUUCAAGACAUAAGCAAAUCAGAUCAAUUGAAUGAUUUGAAUGCACAAGCUGCUGAUGGAUUAGCUCACAAAUCUAUUGCCACAAUUUCUCUUCCUGCACCGGAAAUAUGGUUUUCACCAAGACCUGUCAGUGAGCUUGAUGCUGCAGCAGUUAAGCUUCAGAAAGUAUAUAAGAGUUAUCGGACUCGUAGAAACCUUGCAGAUUGUGCAGUGGUGGUUGAGGAGCUCUGGUGGAAGGCAUUAGACUUUGCUGCUCUAAAACGAAGCUCAGUGUCAUUCUUCAAUGUCGACAAACCAGAGACUGCUGUUUCACGGGAUCUUCCAGCGAUUGUUUUGAUUGGUAGUAGAGAGGAAGAAGAGCUAUUGAAAACUUUUUGUUCUACAUUGCUGGAUAGAACUUCCUUUCUUUGA